CUCUGAAAGCAAAAUAAAACUACUCUCAUUUGUCUUCUUCUAUUACAAUACUUUCUCCUUUUCUCUCUUUAUAAAAAGAGCUAUACGGAUUUUGAAGGCAUAUAUAUACUCACACCAUUCAGAAUUGACUUAGCGUAGCAAAUCAUUCGUACAAAAUGGCAGAGGUAGAAACUGAGCCAGAGACAAAGGCUGCGACUGAUCCAGAGACAAAGGCUGCGACUAAAACAGAGACGAAGGCUGAUAGCAUGGUUGGAGAGAUUUGGAUAGAUGUCGAUAUCAAAGCUUCUGCAGAGAAGUUCCACCAUAUGUUCGCUAAAAGGCCACACCACGUGUCCAAUGCCACCCCUCGCCACAUUGGGGGAGUUGAGCUGCACGAGGGAGACUGGGACAAAGUUGGAAGCAUAGUCUUGUGGAACUAUAUUCAUGAAGGAAAGUCAAAAGUAGCAAAGGAUAGGAUCGAAGCAGUGGAUCCGGAGAAGAAUCUGAUAAAGUUCAGGGUCUUAGAGGGAGAUGUGUUAAAGGAGUGCAAAACCUUCUUGAUAACGCUCCAAGUAACACCAAAGCAAGGAGGGCCCGGAAGUGUGGCGAGGUGGCACUUGGAGUAUGAGAGGAUUGAUGAGAAGGUAGCUCAUCCUGAAACUCUACUUCCAUUCUUGGAAUUAAUGUCCAAAGAGAUCGAUGAACACCUACUGUCCACAGAGUAGAUCCAAGACUUUCUUCUGCUUGUUUAAAACCCUAUAUAUGAUGAGUAUGGUGCAUGCAUGGUUUGUAUGUGGUACAUGCAUGUAUAUAGUUCUGUAUUAUAUGUAAUAGUAGUUACGUAUAUAUGUUAUGUUUUUUAUCAAGUAACAAGUUUGUAAUUGUAACAUGUAUGAGUGUGAGCUUGCCUUUUUUGUAUUAAAUUGUGUGGCAAAAUAAAAUAAAAAUCGUACUUAUGCAGA